AUGUUCUCUGACAUUCUUGUCUUCAUCAUGGUGUUUUGCGUCUUCUUGGGCGGAUUCGCGUUCGCCUUCUUCAUUCUUCAGUUGGAAGGAUGCAAAAGCUAUUUCUCGGCUGUCACCACUACGUUCAACAUUAGUCUAGGCUCGUGGGAUUGGGAUAGCAUUCAUGAAGGAGGCCUCCUUGCCAUCCUCCUCUUCAUUGCGUUUGUGGUCAUCGGUACCAUCAUGCUACUGAAUCUCCUGGUCGCGAUGAUGGGAAAUACUUAUGACAAAAUCUGGGAAGACCGACUCCUCUUCUUUGAGUUGGAGCGGGCAAAAGCAACUCUAUCUAUCCAAACGUCUCUGGACGAUGACUUAUAUGACGAGAAGCACUGGUGUCCACGGCUCUACGUGCUUGAAGGGGAUACCCCAAUCGAAGGCAUUCAAUUUCACCGCUUGUGA